GAACUCCCUUCUUAGCCACAAAGAAAACUAGCAAGCGCUGUAGCAGACACAGUUAACAGGGGAAACCAAUGAUGAGACGACGUUAUAGCUUGUUUGGUCUCCUCUCCAUGGGGCCUGGUCGUCUAUGCUAGUGAUUCUCUUGGUGAUCUUUUGGACCGGAAGCAGGUCAGGGAGAAAUCAACUCACAAGGUUAGGACAAAUAGUAAAUAAUAUAAAACUUCAAAAUAAAAACUACAUCUAAAUGUUUUUGCAAAACCUUGGUAUUUGUUUGUGUUGUUGAAGGACUUUCUUAAAAUAUAAAGACAAAAAAAAAACACCCUGCAGACUGGAUAAUAAUCAUGUUCACAUGGAAUUACACGAAUGUAAUGCCGAUCUCUUGUGCUGGUCAAGGGUUUUCUAGGGUCACUGCAUUAGGUGAAGUACGUUCAAGUUGUGUGUAAAUUAAAUCAUUGUCCCACGUGUAGAGGGACUUCUUGAAAUAUGUUGUUCAUGUUUAACACACAGUGGGGGGGGGUUGUCUUUUUCUUUCUUUUUUCUGAUACUUUAAUACAAUUUGUCGUGUAUGGUUAAAUCAUUGGAUGUGAUGCAACGUGCAUGUGCAGCACAUGGACGAUGAAGGAAGAAUAAAGUAUAAACCAAGCAGCUUUUUGGGGGAUAGAAACGCCCACAUCCCAAUACAGAGACAUCCCUUCCUUAAGCUGGGGCUGUUAUCCAACCUUAUUUCACCUCAGAGCUCUUACAGAAACGAUUCUUUCAAAGCUGACUCAGUAAAUACGCCGCCUCGCUUAGAGAUACCUCACAGGCAGAGCAGCAAGACACACGUGCGAGGAGUGGAAGCAUCAGGAGCCGUGGACUUUGUAGACUUUGCUGGGGACACGGUCUCAAUCGUUGGUUUUGAACUCAGUGCAAGAGUUACUUACAACAAUGGCAAUUCUGAAUCACUUUGCGGCUGCAUGCCUGAAGAAUCUGCAUGGGAACCUGCUGCCCGAGAAACAAAUGUUCAACAUCGUACGCCUUCUACACAAGUCCGCAACCAGCGAGUGUCUGGGGGUGACCGCUUCCGAACAAGAAGCGGUUCCUCAGACACUGAUGACACCGGCGGAUCUCGGCCUGACCACCAGGAUCAAGACGCUGAAGGAGAUGCCGGGACCGAGCACAAUCGCCAACCUGAUCGAGUUCUUCUAUAGAGACGGCUUUAGUAGAAUCCACGAAAUCCAGAUGGAGCACACAAAGAAGUAUGGGAAAAUCUUUAAGUCCCGCUUUGGACCUCAGCUGGUGGUUUCAAUCGCAGACCGUGAUAUGGUGGCUCAUGUGUUGAGGGCUGAAGGCACGGCCCCUCAGAGAGCCAACAUGGAGUCCUGGAAAGAGUACAGAGACAUGAGGGGCCAUUCCACCGGACUCAUCUCAGCUGAGGGGGACGAGUGGCUGAAGAUGCGCAGUGUUCUCCGGCAGCUCAUCAUGCGUCCACGAGAUGUGGCCCUCUUCUCCGAUGACGUGAACCAAGUGGUUGACGAUUUAAUCAAAAGAGUCUGCACCCUCCGUGCCAAAGAGUCUGAUGGAACGACUGUCCUCAACGUGAACGACCUCUUCUUCAAAUACGCAAUGGAAGGUGUAGCGGCCAUUCUGUACGAGUCCCGACUAGGUUGUUUGGAAAAUGAUGUUCCCCAGGAAACGCAGGAUUACAUCAGUGCACUGCACCUCAUGUUCAGCUCCUUUAAAACAACCAUGUAUGCUGGAGCAAUCCCACAGUGGCUUCGACCAAUCAUUCCAAAACCGUGGCAGGAAUUCUGUAGCUCUUGGGAUGGACUUUUUAAAUUCACUCUCCUUCAUGUUAAUAAGAGACUUGGCGAUAUUAAAAGUCAGAUUGAGCAGGGAAGGGAAAUCGGUCUCCUCACACACUUGCUCCUUACCAAGGAGUUGAACAUGGAGGAGAUCUACGCAAACUUAACAGAGAUGCUGCUGGCCGGUGUUGACACGACAUCGUUCACUCUUUCAUGGGCCACUUACCUUUUGGCAAGACACCCUCACAUGCAGGAGGAGAUCUUUUCACAGGUGACCUCGACCUUGGGACCCGGGACAGUCCCCACAGCGGAUGAUGUUCCUCGUAUGCCUCUUAUCCGGGGGUUGGUCAAAGAAACUCUCAGGCUUUUUCCAGUUCUCCCAGGCAACGGCAGGAUUACGCAGGAUGACUUGGUGGUGGGUGGAUACUUCAUCCCCAAAGGGACUCAGUUGGCUUUGUGUCACUAUUCCACAUCCUGGGAUGAAGAGUGCUUUGCUGAUUCUGCAGAGUUCUGUCCCAGUCGCUGGGUACGGAAAGAUUCCUCAGACAGAGUCGACAAUUUUGGCUCCAUUCCCUUUGGCUACGGCAUCCGUAGCUGCAUCGGAAAGAGGAUAGCCGAGUUAGAGAUGCAUCUGGCUCUCACGAGGCUCAUUCAGAAGUUUCACAUCAGUCUGUCUCCUGUCACUGCUGAUGUCAAGGCAAAAACCCACGGCCUGCUCUGCCCUGCUGAUCAAAUUCACCUCCGGUUCACUGACAGGAAAAACUGAAAGUGAACUCUUUAGCCUUGAGGGUUUUUUUGAAACUACUUUGUGUUUUUCUGGAAAUUGUCCAUUACAAGGUAAUUUUAGUAUCAUGCAAUGGCAUGGUUUGUUUCUCUAUUGUUUCUCACACAUUUUUAUGUGUGAGAAUUUAUCCCGGUCAUCAUAUAACUCGAAAUGACAUAUAAUCUCUUUGUGUGACUAUCAAAUGUUUCCUUUUUUAUCCUUUACAUUUAAAUAUUAAUAUGUAAAUAUUUCUUUCUUUCUUUUCUUUGUAAUGUACUUAAUCACACUGUUCCUUAGGUUUAGGAGAACAAGUCACUGGUAACUGUAAAAAAAAAAUAUAACCUUAGGUUUUAGCUGAAAAAUAAAUUGCUCUAUAUUGUACUAAAUCAAAGUAAGUAUCAAUAUUCUACAAUAUAUAUCUGAAUCCGUUUUUAAUAGAUUUUUUUAUAAGAUUAUAAAAUAUUUUGCUAUUAGUCAAAUUGUGAUAUUGCAUUGAUGGAAAUGUGUCUGUUAGGGAUAGUGUUGAGGUAUGAGUCAAGUGGAUGCUGGAGAAAUUCUUCUGCUAGGUCUGAAGAAUCGCACAUUGAUUAGGAGAAGUCUCUAUAUUCAUCUGCUAUUGUUGUUUAUUCUAGCCUUCUGACAAAAUGUUUUAAACUCUUCUAUUUUACCAUCUACAGCAUAUGAAUGUAAUUUGAAGGUUAUAGGAUAAUUAAAGUUGAAUAUUACAUCUAUUUAAACAGUGCAGAUGAAUGGAAGAAACAGCAACGGCCAAGUCUUAAAAGUUGAUUUUAUAAGUGUUUCUGGAUGGAUCCUUUUUGGAUUGAGUUCAUGGAAUGUUAUGUCUAUGCACUGAUUUACACAAAAAAAAUAAAUGACUGAAAUUAUUUAGAAAUAUUGUGUGUGUAGGCUUUUUCUUUUUAAUGUGAUAAUUUGAGUAAUCAAGUUAAUUAAGUUCUUAGGUCCUUGUGUGUUGCUGGUCUGUUCUUGGUCAGGCUCUUUCUACAACGGCAGUUGGAAUCCACCUGCUGUAAAGCUUCUAACACGGUCAUUUCUCUUUCAUCUUUCCUGUUUCAUGAUCUUUUUUUGUCAACAAUCCGAACACUUUGUUUAAAAGUCCUCCUCAUUUUACUCUCCCUUUCCCCUGGACAUCCGAACUUGCUUGCAUUUUACUGUUCAACCAUAGCCAUUCCUUGGUCAUCUCCAUAUUCUAAGCUCUGACCACAUCAUUUUUAACUGUUUCAAUCAUUAAGCUUCAUCAAUUUCCCACCUCGAGUCAACCAAGCAUUGCAGCUAAUUUCUCAGUUAGAGUGAAACACUGAACUAGCGUUCAUAUUUAUAAAGAGGUACAUCCAUGUCAAAAUUAUAUACAUCAAUUAAAAUUACUUUAAAAGGGAUAGUUAUUAGGCAAA